AUGAUUGAUCUGCAGCGCCUUCCCAGAGAAAAGCAGUUGAUCCAGCUACGGAUGUCUGUUUCCCUGGAGGUUCAGAGGACUCUUGAACACACUCUCGGGAUCGCUCCUGACACACUGUUAGCCGUGGAUGAAGUCCUCGAUGUGUUGCAAUCCCACUUCAAGAGUCAACGUAACGAGGCUCUCCGCCGCCGUGAACUCCUGUGCUGCAAACAGGCAGUGGAGGUCGACCUUUGCUCCGGUGAUCCAGUGACUUGUGCUGAGACCCAGCUGAAGAUGGUUUUGCUCAUGGGCAUCAGAGAGGAGGAGCUCGUUCAACGCCUCAUCUCUAUGGACUCAGGUGCCCCUCUCCAGGACCUGGUCACCUGCUGCCGCUCGUAUGAGGCCGCCCGGAACACAGCAUCCGCCAUCCAGUCGUCUCCAAGUCAGCUGUUCUCCAUCUCUGCCUACAGACGGGGAAAGCGACGUGACAAGGCCACCUCCUCACUUCAGCAACCGCCUUCGGAACAGCGAGGGAAGCCUGCAGCCGUUGACGUGUCCCAACCCUGCCAGUGUUGCUCCCGCCGGCACUCAUAUGGUCAGUGCCCUGCUGUCGACAGCACCUGUAGCAACUGCGGACGCAAGGGCCAUUGGGCAAAGACUGCCAGGUGCCCUGCCAAAGACACCCAAUGUCGUGCCUGUAAAAAGACUGGGCAUUACGACAAGUGCUGCAGGUUAACAAAUGCGACUCACAGCCAGAACAGCUCUCACGCUACGUCACAGAAGAAGAGCUCCUGCCGCAGUGUGACUCGCAGUCCAGCGUCUGAGGCCAUGACUCCUAAACCUGUGUGUAUUCACCUGACGCAUGGAGGAUCCACUUCCCACCUCCAAAUGCUGCCAGAUACAGGCGCGGACGUCACAGUCAUUGGCCAGCGACACCUCAGCAUUCUUCAAAUCCCCAGGAACAGCCUACAGCCUCUACCUCCCGUGCACACGCUGACGGCGGACGGUUCAGAGAUGGCACCUGCCCUGGGAUGUUUUCAAGCUACCUUACGGCUCGGGCAAAGGUCUUGCAUCGCCCAGAUCCAAGUUCACGAUGGCGUCCAGACCCCACUCCUCUCCUAUGGCCACUGCAAGGAACUGGCCAUCAUCUCCCGGAGUUCCCGAAGCCGAUUCUCAAGGUCAAGCAUGUUAACCGCCCAUGCAGAUCCACCUGAAGGAGGGCGCUACACCGUUCGCCAUUCACACACCACGACAGAUCCCUUCGCAUUCCAGCAGCAAGUCAAGGAUGAGCUGGACUCCAUGGUGCGUCAAGGGAUAAUUGAGCCUGCCGGCGAUGAGCCGUCUGCCUGGUGUCACCCCUUGGUCGUCGUGGCUAAGGACAAGGGAGUUCGCAUCACGGUGGACCUCACAAAGCUCAAUAGCCAGGUUUCUCGCCCAGCUCACCCAGCACCAACACCUUACGCCGCUGUCCGCAGAGUCACUCCGUCAUCCCGCUUCUUCACGACAGCAGAUGCUCUGUGUGGGUACUGGCAGUUGGUACUUGACGAGAAGGAUCGCCACCUCACAACUUUCAUCACCCCGUUCGGCCGGUUUAGGCAUUGCCGAGGCCCCAUGGGCUUCGCAGCUACUGGUGACGCCUACUGCCACCGCGGCGACUUGGCACUCAAGGGUUGGAGAAUUAGGAUUCAUCAGAUGCUCAGCAGAUGCAGAGAGCACGGGAUCACCCUCAACAAGGACAAGUUUUCAGUUGCCGAGCCUCAGGUCCGAUUCUGUGGCUACAACCUCUCCCCCUCUGGCAUCUCUGCAGGCGAAGACCGCGUCAGUGCAAUCCGGGACUUUCCUACGCCCGCGAACUUGACUGACCUCCGCUCCUUUAUGGGCUUAGUGAACCAGCUGUCAGAGUUCACCCCGGACAUAGCAGCCGCAGCCCAGCUUCUUCGCCCUCUCUUGAGCCCUAAACGGACGUUCACUUGGACAGCGGACCAUGAUGAAGCCUUCAACCAUGUCAAGACGGUGCUUCUCCAGCCGCCUGUUCUGGCCCACUUUGAUCCAGCGCUACCAGUCGUCCUCCAGACGGAUGCCUCCCGCCUUCAUGGGAUUGGGUACGCUCUCCUACAAGAUCACGGCCAAGGAUGCACACGACUAGUUCAAUGUGGCUCACGCUUCCUCACUGACGCUGAGACGCGCUACGCCACCAUUGAGCUCGAGCUGCUUGCCGUUGUAUGGGCCAUGUCCAAGUGUCGGCUCCACCUCAUAGGCCUACAGCACUUCACGCUGAUGACGGACCAUCGGCCACUGGUCCCGAUCCUGAAUGCCUACACUUUGGACGCGAUCGAGAAUCCCCGUCUCCAGCGUCUGAAGGAGAAAAUCUCGCCCUACCUCUUCACAGCCGUAUGGCGCGCCGGGAAGUUGCUACGCAUCCCAGAUGCUCUGUCGAGAGCCCCAGUCAGCCACCCCACUCCUGAGGACGAGAUGGCGUGCACUGCUGCCACUGCCCACCUGCGGUGUGUCGUAGCUGCCAACGCUGAAGGCUCCGACCAAAACACACCACACCAUGACGCCGAUCGGACGCUCCAGGAGUUCAGAGCAGCAGCGAGGGCAGACCCGUCAUAUGCCCACCUCACCGCCUGCGUGACAUCUGGCUUCCCGUCCAACCGGUACGAGCUCCACAGUUCCCUACUUCCCUACUGGAAGCUCCGCGAUCACCUCUACGCAGAUGGGGAGCUUGUCCUCUAUGGCCAGAGGAUCGUUGUUCCUGUAGCUCUCCGCCGCCGCACCCUUGCUCGUCUCCAUGACAGCCACCGCGGUGUGGAAGCCACUCGCCGUCGGGCGAGGCAGACUGUUUUCUGGCCUGGCAUUGACUCUGACAUCGCCAAUACUGUUCGUGCCUGUGAACCAUGUCAAGUCCUCCAGCCGAGCCAACAACAGGAACCCCUGAUGUGCGACGACAACCCAUCCAGGCCCUUUGAGUCCGUCUCCGCAGACUUCUUCACAGUCGCUGGCAAGUCCUUUCUUGUCAUUGCGGACAGACUCUCGGGAUGGCCUGUGGUCGUCCCAUGUGGUGCGGACACCACAGCCACACGCACCAUCCAGAUGUUCUGCCGCUAUUUCCGGGAAGUGGGUGUCCCCCUCCGUCUCCGCACUGAUGGCGGGCCCCAGUUUGCCAGUGCAGACUUCCAGAACUUCAUGGAGCGCUGGGGUGUUCACCACAUAGUGACUUCGCCGCACUAUCCCCAGUCUAAUGGCCAUGCUGAGGCGGCUGUCAAGUCGGUGAAGCAUCUCAUCUUGAAGACAGCCCCCUCCGGCAACAUUGAUACGGAGGAGUUUGCCAGAGGUCUCCUGGAGCUGCGUAACUCUCCCAACUAUACAGGACGGUCCCUUCGCAACACCUCUAUGGCCACCCUCUUCGGUCCUGCGUCCCUGCCCACCCAGAGUCCUUCUCCGCGGACUGGCAGACCAAGACGGAGGAAUGCGACCGCCGCGCUGCCGCCCGAGCUGAACAGGUGCAGGCUCACUAUGACCAGCACGCCAGGCCCCUCCCCAAGCUGUGCAUUGGAGCCACAGUCCGCAUCCAGGACCCUGUGUCUCUCCGCUGGGAUAAGGUCGGUGUGGUCAUGGGCUGCAGCAGGAACAGGGAAUAUGAUGUUCGUCUCCCCAGCGGACGUGUCUGGCGACGCAACCGCCGUCUCCUACGCCCAGUGCCGCCCCAUGGUGAUGAUCCUCCCCACCAUAUCCCUGUGGUCCCUUGGUCAGACGAGAAAAGUCCGUCUGCUUUACUUGCUCCCCCAGUUGCCCCACGUCGUUCCCAGCGGCUCAUGGAAAAGAGUUCCGCUCGAGACAGUGCUACGAGCGUGA